AUUUUAUUUUCAUAAAUGUGGGAGCCCAGAAAGACAUUUCAUACUAUCUCAAAUGAUACAAUGACCAGAAAAUUCGACACUCUUGGAAAAACAAGAUUCUACCAGCCAACAGGAAUGGGUAGGGAUGACUAUAUUUGGAGAAGCAAUGGAGGGUUUUGCCCUUCCUCAAACUCUUGCAAAAUAUAUGAGAAGGGGGAAUUCCUUUUCCAAAAGCAAAGGCAUGUAGACUCAAUACCUGCCAUUCACUCCAAAUCCUUAAUGUAUCAUACAAACGGAGGAGGAAGAGACACCUACAUCGCUUCAUCUGCUGGAGGCCUUACUAAGCAGAAUACUGCUGGAGAAAUUAGAAAUACAUUUUAUAACGGAUUAAGAAGUCAAGAUUUUGGCUAUAAUCCCAAAAGAUGCAAAAGUGGAAUCGCUACUAGAAAACAGAGGGAAGACUUUUACACAAAAACUCAAGGUUUUAAGUCUCACAAGAGUAUUGCUAUCCAGAGCAGCUAUAGAAGAUACCAAAAAUCACAAGAUAACCGCCUAGCUCUUCCAAAACCAUCAGACCCUCGACAGAAGAAGUAUAGACAGGCUACUCUAAAGUUGAUCCAGGCUUCAAGAGCUUAUGGCAAAUAAAUAAUGCAGUAUCAAGAAUCCAAGCUGUGAUCUUGACUCA